AUGUUGUCGGGCCUGCAGAACCCCCGGCAGGCGGCCGGCCACCUGCUCAACUUUGCGCUGAUCCUGUCGACGGCCUUUAUGAUGUGGAAGGGCCUCUCCAUCGCCUCCGACUCGCCGUCGCCCAUCGUCGUCGUCCUCUCCGGCUCCAUGGAGCCCGCCUUUCAGCGCGGUGACCUGCUGCUGCUGUGGAACCGCAACAUCUGGCAGGAGACGGGCGUCGGCGAGGUCGUCGUCUACAACGUCAAGGACAAGGACAUUCCCAUCGUCCAUCGCGUCGUGCGCAAGUUUGGCGUCGGUGACGAGGCCCAGCUGCUCACCAAGGGCGACAACAACGGGGCCGACGACACGGACCUGUACGCGCGCGGGCAAAACUACCUGGAGCGCAAGGACAUCAUCGGGAGCGUCUUUGGAUACGUGCCAUUCGUCGGAUACGUCACCAUCAUGCUGUCGGAACACCCGUGGCUGAAGACGGUGAUGCUGGGCAUCAUGGGUUUGCUGGUGGUGAUUCAGCGCGAAUGA